UAAUUUGACAAAUGAAAUAAAAAAACAAAAAUCCCAACAAUAAACAAAAUUUACAUUUUUUUCAAUUUAAAACAAUAUGAAAAAAACAAUUAUACUUUUAUCAAUUUACUACGAAUUAAUAUACAUAGUUCAUUCAACACACGCUAGCAAUGACAAAGAAAUAUCCAUACAACAAUCGCCAAAAUUCAAUCCCCUCGGCCCAUUAGUCAAUUGUAGUUUUCUAUCAAAAGAAUUCCUCGAAUGCAAGGACCCAGUCGAUCAUCGUGGUAAUCAAUCGGCUCGCGACGAAGUCGGCUAUGGUUGUGUGAAAUUCGGUGGCAUUUGGUAUGAAGAUGUCGAACAUACAAAAGUCGAUUGUGUUGUCUUCCCCGACAUUGAAUGCUAUGGGCCUCGCAACUUCCAACGCGAUGGAAUUCCAUGUGUUAAAUACACUGACCAUUAUUUUGUUACAACUUUGAUCUAUAGUAUACUUCUGGGUUUUCUGGGAAUGGAUCGAUUUUGUUUGGGACAGACUGGAACUGCUGUUGGCAAACUAUUGACUGUCGGUGGAGUUGGUGUUUGGUGGGUAAUUGAUGUUAUUUUAUUAAUUACCAAUAAUUUGUUGCCAGAGGACGGAAGCAACUGGAAUCCAUAUGUUUAGAAUUAUGAUGGUUUGUAGAAAAUUAAACUAAUAAAUGUGAUAUUUGGAAAUAAUUAAGAAUAAACAAAACUUUUAAUUUAA